UCUCUCUCUCUCUCUCUCGUCGAAAGAUAAAGUUAAAAAUAAGGUAGGCCGCAAAGAGGCACAAUCGCAACGCCAAGAAUGAUGCGGUUGUUCCUCGUUGAUACCAUCAUCUCAGUCCCUUAGGUCCAACCCUCCAAACCCCUAACUCAUCUUCCUCACCUCGCCAACUACUCUGGGCGCCCCCUCCCCCCCCCCCCCCCCCCCCCCCCCCCCCCCCCCCCCCUCUCUCUCUCUCUCUCUCUGUUGAAUUCAGGUUCCAGCAUAAUGCAAUGGAGGAAGGUGGCGAUGGCUGUCAGAAACAUUCAAUUACUCCGUAUGAAGAGGCGUUGGAUGCCUUGUCGUCUUUGAUCACGAAACGCAGUCGUGCCGAUAAGAGCAACAAGGGAGAUCGCUUCGACAUCCUCUUCGAUUACAUGAAGAUACUGGACUUGGAGGAGCCAAUUUCGCAAAUGAAGGUUAUCCACGUGGCUGGCACCAAAGGGAAGGGAUCCACAUGCGUCUUUGCGGAAUCUAUAUUGCGUAACUGUGGCUUCCACACAGGACUUUUCACGUCUCCUCACCUCAUUGAUGUCCGAGAGAGAUUUCGUUUGGAUGGUGUUGACAUAUGUGAAGAAAAAUUUUUAGCAUAUUUCUGGUGGUGUUAUGAUAGACUGAAGGAGAAUACUAAUGAGGAUGUACCAAUGCCCACUUACUUCCGCUUCCUUGCCUUACUUGCCUUCAAGAUAUUUGCAGCAGAGCAGGUCGAUGUUGCUAUUUUGGAGGUUGGAUUAGGUGGAAAGUUUGACGCAACAAAUGUGGUUCAAGCCCCCAUCGUAUGUGGUAUAUCUUCCCUUGGGUAUGACCACAUGGAGAUUCUUGGAAAUACUCUUGGAGAAAUUGCUGGGGAAAAGGCUGGCAUCUUUAAGCAUGGGGUUCCAGCCUUUACUGUGCCUCAACCUGAUGAAGCAAUGCAUGUACUUGAAGAGAAAGCUUCUCAGUUGGGUGCAAAUCUUCGAGUGGCACCACCGUUAGUUGCUGACUUACUAAAUGGUGUAAAACUUGGGCUUGAAGGUGAGCAUCAAUAUCUAAAUGCUGGUCUUGCUGUUGCACUAUGCUCCACUUGGCUUCAGAGAACUGGCCAUCUUGAAGCCACCUACCUGGAACAAACUAGCUCUUUGCCGGCGCAGUUCAUUAAAGGUUUAACAGCAGCCAGUUUGCAAGGGCGGGCUCAGAUUGUCCCUGAUACACAUAUUGACACUGAGAACCCAGGAGAUCUGGUGUUCUACUUGGAUGGAGCCCAUAGUCCCGAAAGCAUGGAAGUAUGUUCAGGAUGGUUUUCUCUUGCCAUUAAAGAAAACAGCCAGCAGCCCUUGAACUAUCAGCCACAGGAUAAUUCUAUAUCCUCACAUGAAUUGAUACAGAGGCAUCCUGGUAAGAGAUCCAGAAAGAACUCCGCACAGAUACUCCUGUUUAAUUGUAUGUCUGUGCGAGAUCCUCAAUUGCUUCUUCCACUCCUGAUGAAAACCUGUGCCAGUCAUGGUGUUCACUUCAAGAAGGCACUCUUUGUACCCAAUACGUCGUUGUAUUAUAGAGUUGGCUCCCAUGCUUCACCACCUACUGAUUCUCAAGUUGACUUAUCGUGGCAGUUCAAUCUUCAAGGAGUAUGGGAAAACCUGAUGCAGGGUAUUAAAGGUGAUGCGAAGAGCACAGAUGCUGAUUGGGAAGAAGUAAAAGAUGAUACAGCACUGCCUACUAAAAUUUGUGAGAACAGUGCAGUAUUUUCUUCUCUCCCAUUAGCUAUUAAAUGGCUCAGAGAUACGGUCCAACGGAACCAAUCUAUUCGCUUUCAGGUCCUUGUGACUGGUUCUUUACAUCUUGUGGGUGACGUGUUGAAGUUGGUGAAGAAGUGAGUAUUCAAGAUGCGAGGGCAGAAGAGUUUGGUCGUAACAGUGUAGUGGGUGAGUCCUCUCUGGUAAAAAGUGCCUGUUAAUGUGCUGCUGUAUGCUGUUGACACCGUCAGCCAUUCACGUCGGCAUUCUUGGGCAUGAGAGAGAAACCCCUUCUCUUCGACUGAAUUAGUUUCACAAAGAAAGUAAUUUGUAGUGGCAGCUCACGUGCUAUGGUAUCAUCUUUUCCCUCAUGACCUUACUGAAAACAAUGGCAUUCCAGAAAUAUUACUUGCAAAUAGGGGGUAUGGUGAUGAUUA